AUGUCAUUCUUUAAUCCUUUCGUCGGUUCCUCCCGUCGUACGGGAGAUGCUUGGUUCUUUGCUGGCCUCACGACUUCCUUCCCAAAUAUUACCGCUUCUGGAUAUUCUGUUCUCUCCGAUCGUUUACCAUGCAAAGGUACCUUCGCACCGGGCUGCAAAGUUUUUUACGUGCCCCCUACCAAUAGUAUUGAAGCCGUGGAGGUCAAUCUUGACGAUGCUGUAGCAGCUGGACUUAAGGAGCAGGUUAUAGUGUUUCAAUACCAAGGCAAGUUUCACGCUGUCGACCAUAGUUGUCCACAUUCCUCGUUUCCCCUUUCACGAGGCACGCCGUUUGAUAUCGAGGAUUUUGGCAUCCGAUUGAGUGUGGGAUUACAAUGUCCAAAACAUGACUGGUCUUUCGAUUUGGUUCACGGGAAAGGGGACCGAGGUAGCUAUAGACUGAAAGUCUGGGAAGUUCAAUUACGGCCCAUUUCUGGUGCGGAGAUUGAAGAGAGCCCCCCAGCAUUCCUUCUUGCCGGCGAUUCAACGACUGCCGUUCAAAAUGCCGGGUUAACAGGUGGUGGCUGGGGCAAUGGCUUCAUAUCUACUCUUCGCAAUGGAGCUGGAGGUAUCAAUUAUGGACAUAAUGGCGCGACAACUGUGAGCUUUGUGAGUGGUGGUGAUUGGGCAAAGGUGCUAGCAUCUCUAGCCAAAUAUAAGUUACACUAUACGACUUUCGUCACAAUUCAAUUCGGACACAAUGAUCAAAAACCAGCCGCAAAUAUAUCAGUUGAACAAUAUAUGACAGAUUUGGAGAAUAUGGCAAAAGAUGUAGUGACGGCUGGCGGAACUCCUAUUCUCAUCACUCCUCUUACACGUCGAGGCUUCAAUAGUUCAGGUCUUACCAAGGAAGAUCUCGCUGUCCAAGCAAAUGCUACCAUCGCCGUUGCCAAAACCAUCAAUUCUCUUUACAUAGACUUGAACCGCGCAUCGACCGAUUAUGUGGAUGAUAUCGGAGCGACCAACGCUGCGACGUAUAACUUGAUACCGACGGAUUUCACACAUUUGAAUGCGGCAGGGAGUGUCUUAUUUGGAAACAUAGUCAGCGGAUUGAUCGAUGAAGCAGUGGGUAGUACUUUGGGCUUCGAUAUAAAAACUUAUACCGCACCAGAUGUGACGAUUGCCAACGAUGUUGCCAGUGGGACUUAUAUCUUGCCGAGUGGAUUUGGAACUUUACCAAAUAAUACCCUCCCAGCAUGA